AUGCAAGCAGAAUUAAAUUCAGCUAAGGAAUACGAAGACCAGUUGAGCGAAGUGAUGCGUAUAGCACGCCGAGACAGGGAGAGAAUCAAGCGAUUACUGAUCGAACGAGACGAGGACGUUAGCAAGCUGGAACGCCGUCUUGCCGAGAGCACCGAGCAAUGCACAAAGGCAGAAACUGAACUUCGAAGCGCCGAAAAUAAAAUCGAUGAGAUGCAAAAGCGAAUUGACUACCUGAAAAGGAAAUACGAUAAACGUGAA